GCCAGCCUGGUGGUAACUUGAAAGUUACAAUCUAAUGUGGGGAAACUUCCUUUAUUCAGAGAAAUAAACUGGGAACUGACAGAGGAUUCAGCUUCAAGGACUGCACGACACUUUUUUUUUUUUAAGUACACUGCUUAGAAAGAAUAAUAAUUCAAAAGGCUCCCAUUCUAUGUGCUGCUCACAUGGGGCUGGGCGCGAGUCACACGCCAGAGCACUUUGAACUUGCUGGCUGCUGCUCUGACUCCAUUGAGCCUCCCAAGCACUCUGAAGUGCGGGAUCAGGGCUUGGGCCUUAUUGGCACGGCGACUGGGGGAAGGCAGGAAUAGCGAGGCCACGUUUCCUCGCUAAGCAGAACUUCCUCCCCUCCCCCGUACUAAGCCUACGCCGGGGCCGCUGCGAACAGGGACUCACGUUCUGCGCUCCCCCGCUGUUCGCUACGAGAUGUCACUUAACUUGGAUACUGAAGAUGACUUCUAUCUGGAAGAAAAUAGAUUCAAGCAGUGUUGUGCAGAGUUCAUUAAACACUCACAGCAAAUAGGAGAUGGUUGGGAGUGGAAAAGUAUAAAGGACUUUCCUGAUGGCUAUAUGAGUAAAACACACUUCCAAAUGAAAAAUGGAAAUAUCCCAUCAAUUUUCAAGGACAGCACUAAGGAAAGUGAUGAGCAAACAUUGACACAUGUUGAGGAAGCCCUGGAUGAUUCUGAAGUAGCCGGAAUCUGUGCAACAUCAGAAGUGAUUCGUUAUGAGUAUCAUGUCUUGUAUUCCAGCAGCUACGAAGUACCUGUGCUUUACUUUAGGGCAUGCUUUUUAGAUGGAAGACCUUUAACUCUAGAUGAAAUUUGGGAAGGCGUUCAUGAAUGCUACCGGGCUCGUCUGCUGGAGGGGCCCUGGGACACCAUUACACAACAGGAACACCCAUUACUUGGUCAACCAUUCUUUGUCCUUCAUCCCUGCCGGACUAAUGAAUUCAUGGCUCCUGUAUUGGCUAAUUCACAAAGAGAAAACAGGAAUAUGAACUACAUUACAUCAUGGCUGAGUAUUGUAGGCCCAGUUGUGGGGCUAAAUCUACCUCUGAGUUAUGCAAAACUAGUGUCUGAACAGAAUACAAAAACGGAUUAAAUCAAAAGGGCCCCAAGUUGAAGCAGAGGUAUUUGUGAAUUGUAGAGCUACUGCAGCCAUGUCUGCAACGGAUCUGACACAAACUACCCAGUUCCCUGCCAGUCAGCACAGCUCAAUAAGGCUUACCAUUUGGGGCUUUUCCCCCUGGCAGCAACAUGCCUGAUGACAGCUGAACACCUAAGAGCUGGCUGCAAUUAGUGACGCCUCAUGUUCCACCCGGACACAAGCUCCAUUCCAUGUGACAGCACUGACUCUUUACGAUUCACUUACUCAUUUCCUACCUCAGAUUCUCCCUCCUUUUUUCCUUGGGUUUGGUCUUUACUGAGACUAUAUCAGAACACCUAUAAAAGGCUGAGUUUUCUGGCAUGGGAUUGAAACAAUGGAUUUAAUUCUACUCUGAAAGAUAUCAGACAGCACCACUGUGUAUCUAGAGAAGUAUGCUAUCAGUCUGCAGACAUCCACAAUGAUGCAGUUAUAUAUGUGAACAUGGGCUUGAGUCCAAUUUAGGGUUAGUAUGUAACCUGGAGAGGAUAGUGACACUUAAUUGCCAAAACUCUGAUUGCCAGAUACCUCAGAGUGUAUUGGGGAAUGUAUUGUAUAUGUAUUGCUUAAUUGAACAAAUGGGUCAGAAUUAUAGAUGAAUAGUACUAAUAGUCUAUGUAUUGGUUACAAUUCUACAAUUCAGGGUGCUUCGGUACAAUCAUGUGAGCAUGCUGCUUCUUCCUUCUUCACUACUUCUAAAGGAUUUUGUCUCCAAGGGAAGGUACUGUUGUAGUAAAUUAGCAUUUCUGGUUGAGCUAAUAGUUAUUCAUGAGUAAAGGCCUGAUCCUGCAGUCCUAACUCAAGCUAAACUCCCACUCAUAUCAAUGGAGUUUUGAGUGAUUAGAGAUUGUAUAACAGGGCCCCAAGAUCAGCAAAAAACAGGCUAGAAAUAACUUUAGUAUGACAAUCAGUUUUGAUUCCUUCUGAAUCACGUUUUGUUCCAAGUGUUCUGAAUUUAUUUUGUACAGUUGCUCAGUAGAUAAGAAUUACAGAUUUUGCUUUUAUGUGUUCAGUGAAGAUGAAACUUACAUGGGGAGUCAAAUAUUAGAAUAUGUUGGAUCAAAACUGCAAAUGUAAAAUGUAUGGGAUUUAAAAAUCUGUGUUCUCAGAAGUUUUAUCAUCUUCAUGUUAUUAACUUAGUUGCAAUAUGUGUGUUUGUGAUGUGAAACAUAAUACAAUCCUUAAAAUGCUAUUGACAAAGUGAAAUUCUUUUGCUAGGCCAUUUGGAAUUCAUAGUAAAUGAUACUAAAACACAUUAUUUAUCCUAUAGUGGAUUCUAAUGAUCUGUGAUAUCUUUGUUCCCUCCAUAACUUGUAAAAUGUAGUUCUUUGAUGACUUUUCAUGACAGCAGUCAGAUUGCCUUCUUUUCAAAACAUUUGGUUAUGUAUGUUUUAUUGUAAACAAUAUCUAUAUCCUAUUUCACACAUUGAAAGAAGAAUUAUUUCUCUUUAUACACGAGGAGAAACAAACAAGAGGAAAAUAAUACGAUUUUAAAUCUGUAUUUAGAAGCCCAGAUGCUCAGCCUUGCUUCAUGCCCUUUGUGCUGCUCCAGUGAAGCAAAGGGGCUCAAACAACCAGCUGAAGAUUCCCAGCUGGUCAAACUGCUUCUGCCUCCACCCUAACAUAAGAGAUAGGAUGAGGUGUGGCCAGAGCAAAUUGUGUUUUGGCAAUCCUGGGACACUGGAAUGGCGGCUAGUCCCAGUGUAAAUAAGAGAAGGCUGCUCUACUUGUACUGAGGGUUGAAUUAGCUCCCACUAUCGUUGGGAUCAGGCAGGGGAGGCACACAAAAAAUACACAGUUCCAUAUACGUGCAUGCACAAGUAUGCACACACAUGCAUCAGGUGCACUGACUGCUGUAUGGCCAUAUUGGAGGAUCUAGCUCAUGGUUAUCUUUAUGUAGCACUUCAGAUGUUACCCAGCAUUGACCUAUGGGUCAAAUGUACAGAAUAAACAAGUCCUUGCUGCCAAGAAAUUCAAUUUUUAAGAUACAGGGCCAGUAAAAUAUGACACAGAAUGCACAGAGUAGGAUUUAAUGUAUAUAGCUGGAGUGCUUGGUUUAAAAUAUUCUUCAUAGGCCUAGUGUGGAGGAUUCCUUGAUAAAGAACCAACAGAUAUUCUUUUUCACUUUCAAAGUCUUAUUUAUUGGACUAGUUUUUGGCCACUUGUCAGAAAACAGCAGUAACAAAAUGGUUUGGAGUAAAAUUUAUUUGCAUAGUUUCCUAGCUAUUUCUAGGAGACUAACACUUCCUGUUUUCCAGGCAUAGCAGACUUGUUGAUAAUACUCCUUCCAGUCAUGACUAUUCUAUACUAUUUACCUAAGAUAAUCCUUGUUUAUUACAAGUUCCACAAAACACUGCCCUGAGGCGUUACUGUGAAUACAGUCUUUCUGCCCAUGUGACAGCAUUAGAUAAAUUAACUCAUGGGAUAUAUUUCUAGACAAAGGAAGUUCAGCUUGUAUCAUUUAUUAAUGCAGUUACUCAUAUGAGGCCAUAGCUAGCUGAGACUGGUGAGGUAAGUAUGAAGUUAGUCCAACAGAAUGGACCCUCACCACCCUUCUAUUCAGUCAACAUUCCUUUACAGACCCGAUUUUCUCUGUUUCAUCCAAACCGUACAAAGAAAUGGGGUUGCCACAUGAACUGAGAAAUCGACAUUCAGUUCCUUUUAGACGCAACAGACCCCAUUGUACAACAUGGUUUUCCCUCUUUCAUUUAUCAUUGUAAACAAGACCCAGAUGAUUUGGAAAAAGCAUGGCACAUUGUCUUUGAUUUCAGAUCUGUCCUUGAAUAGCUACCCCCAGGCACUUGCCACAUGGGUAGCUACACCGGGCACUUUUUUCCCCAGUACAUUCCUCCCACCAUACCUCUAGGAGCACCCUUUACCAAUAACACACUCUGCACCUGCUUUGAAAAGCAAACUGUUUCCAGUUUUUGAAGCCCAUUGAUGUCCAGCUGAUAAACCCCUUUUAAAUCCCAACCGAUUAAUAAUGAGCACCUUGGUGCUGCUCUCACAGUUGCUUAGAUACUAUGAUAAUGGAUACUAAAUGCGAAGAUAAAUAGGAAGGUUACAGCAAGUGGGAGAGUUGGACACAUAGAUGAGUGAUUUGGCAAAACGCAUCAUAUAUCUCUUAAGUUUGUAUAUUUAGUACUAACAAACAACUAAAGAGUCAGAUCAUUAAGAUGGUUAGUUCAAAAAUUCUCUGUAUUUUGGUUAAGAUGUCAACAGUAAUAAAAAAUAUUUAGUAUAAGUAAUGUAGUGACCUUGUAAAACAUUUAACACGUUUGCUCACAAAAAUCCUAUCUAAUUUCAAAAUUAUAUCAAUCACCGGUGCUAUAUUUCAUUUUGUUUGGCAAGUAUGUUCCAAAACACCUAAGUUUUUGGCAGCAUGGGUUACUCUUUAAGUUUUGCAAAACUGCUACAGAAAAGUUUUCAAUUAUAAAGCAGUUUUAAAACUCCUUAAGUUUCUUGUCUGAAAUCUGGAAAGAAAUAUUGAGAAUCCUACUACUGGAGACUCUUUCUUAAAGGAAGCUACCAAUACUUGUCUUUGAUUGUAAUUGAGCACAUGGGGCUUGUUACAUUUUCUGAUUCUUGUCGUUUGCCUUUGGUUUCUGGGGGAGGCAGGAACACUGUUCUACAUAUGUAAACUUUUUUUGCAUCUAGGCAUAAUCUGCUCCAAUAGAAAGUUUGGUUUUGGAAUAAAUAUUCUUUGAGUCAAAUUAAUAUUCUCAUUUUCAUCAGUAGUGACU